AUGUUGCCACUUAGAGAUAAUCCCGAAAAACAUUUGCCCAGACCGCUUCUAAUGCAAGAAAUAGAAAGGUAUGAACAAGAACAGGAUGACGAAGAUAUCGAUGAGAAUAAUGCUAGAAUAAUACAAGACGGAAUAGAUAUGAGUAAAUAUUCUGAGUUUACUUCGGCUAAUAAAUCGGGAGGGGAGGAUAUUCGUUAUGAUAAUUUAUACGCAACACUUUCGUAUUCGUCACUUCAAAAUCGAAACUUAUCGUUGUUGUCACAGAACGAGGAACAACUAGAAGGGUUACACGAGCAUCAUUUAAAUGAUCUCGCGACAAUAGAGGAGGAAUAUAGACAAGACCUUAGUAAAAAGAGACAAAGAAUCGAGGAGCUUAACGUAUACCGGAAGAGGAGACAAGUCGUUGACUUUAAACCAGUAAAUGAUUAUUUAAAUGACAGAUGGAAGGACGGACUUAAAUCUGUUGUCGAACUUGGUAUUGAAGCCAAGAGAAUGGAUAUGGAUAUGCAUUAA